AUUAUCAAAUUUUGUUGACAGCCUCAAACCACCAUUACGCAUUCCGAAACCAAAUCAUUCAUUGCUUGUUGCUAUGAACAUACCAAUAUGUGAACAGGAUCGUGUGCAUUAUAUUGGCAUACUUGAUGGUCUCAUCAAAAGCUUUUUUAGCACAUUUGAUAUCUCAAUAUCAAGUAGUGAAUUUCAUGCGCCAAUUGACAUAAAAAAGGAUCGUCCAGAAGAUUAUCGUCCUAUAACAACAACAUUACAACGUCAACGUGAACUUCAUUUAUGUCGAAUAGGUUUAAAGACUUUUCGAACUAAUGUUGAACGACGUCGAAAUGAAAGAAAAAAUCGUGAAUCAAUGCUUGAAAAAGCUCUAGUUAGAGAACAUGUUGAAUCGAAUUAG